UUGAUCUCACAGUGGUGGCGAAGGCGGGACGAUCCGCUACCUCGUGCCCUCGUGACGCCCGCCGCUGUGCCCCGCCCCGCCCCGCGCGCUGGGGGACCUUAACGCUCGGGGCACGCCUCGCUCACAACCCGGGGCGGCACUCCCGUCCGGGGCAUCCUCACCCAUGACCUCCUGAUGGCGCACGGCCUCACCCAGCCCUCGCCGCGCCCACCACGCCCCUCAGGAUAACUUAAAGGCAGCGGUGGUGGCGGAGGAGGAUGUUCGGGGUCGCCGGGCGGCACGCCAGGCGUCGCACCAGCUCGGCGUCGUUACUGUCGUCUUCGUCGUCGCUGCUGGUGGCCUCCCGCUCCCCCUCCCGCCUGGCGUCCCCCGCCGCCCGCAGGAACACCAGCGCCUCCCUCACCUCCCUCACCUGUCGCUCCCCAGCCUCGGCGGGGGCGCCACCCCCUCCCCCGCCCGCUCCCCGGCGCCCUCCAUCUCGGGCCGCGCCUCCACCAGGUCUGCCUCGCGCUCCCCCGGGCGCGCCUCGCUGGGCUCCCUCGAGGGCACUAUCCAGCGGAGGCACUCCUCGCUCACUUCCGAGGGCCAUGGCGUGCUGGUGGAGGAGGAGGAGGAGGAGGAGGAGGAAGAGGAGGAGGAAGAGGAAGGAGAGGAGGGGGAGGAUGGAGUACGCCCGAGAAAGACUAAGACCAAAAAGAGCAGUGACGGACACGACGAGGAGAAGAGUGACGACGAGCAGGACGCUCACGCGGCGGAGGAGGAGGAGGAGGAUGAAGAGGAAGAGGCGGAGGAAGAAGAGGAAGAGGAGGGGGCAGCCCUGGCAGCGGCGAGGCGGCGCGGCGGGGCAGCCACCGCUCGGAGCCGGGCAGCGUGGCGGGGGGCGGCGGGGGCGCAGCGGUGGUGAAGAAGCAGGUGCGUCUCAGCCUGCCCAACGGCCCCUACUCCAUGCGUCGCCCCCCUGGCCUCCCCCUCCCCCCUCACCGGCUCUGGCUACUUCCGCCGCCGCACCGCCGUCACCCUCAGCGACCACAAGACGUGCGCGCUGGUGCAGAGCAACAUGAAGAUGGGACUGGGAGAGCUAAUGUUGGCAGCGGCGGCGGAGGCGCGCGCGUCGGCUGGCGUCUCGGGUGAGGGCGCGGGCCGUCUUGGGCGGCCGCCCUCCUACGGCGCCAUGGGCGGCAAGAAGGGGCCGCCCCCACAGCCGGGGGUCAAGGGCCCCACCUCACUCUUCAUCCUCUCCGACGACAACUUCCUCAGGAAGUACACCAGGUUCAUCAUAGAAUGGCCUCCUUUCGAGUACGCGGUGCUUCUCACUAUCAUCGCCAACUGCAUCGUGUUGGCGCUGGAGGAGCACUUACCGAAGGACGACAAAACACUCCUGGCGCAAAAUCUGGAGAAAACAGAACCUUACUUCCUCCUUAUCUUCUGUGUCGAGGCCUCACUCAAGAUUCUGGCUCUCGGCUUUGUUCUCCAUCCUCGCUCAUACCUUCGGAACAUCUGGAACAUAAUGGAUUUCGUUGUAGUAGUUACUGGCGGUAUGACAAUAAUAGCAGCGGACAGUUUUGGCCAAACUGUGGAUCUGAGGAUGCUCCGCUCGUUCCGCGUCCUCAGGCCCCUGAAGUUGGUCUCUCGGCUGCCAAGCCUGCAGGUGGUUCUCAAGUCCAUCAUAAAGGCAAUGGCGCCCCUCCUUCAAAUUGGGCUCCUCGUCCUCUUCGCUAUUGUUAUAUUUGCCAUCAUCGGCCUUGAAUUCUACUCUGGUGCUCUCCAUAAAACAUGCUACAGUUUAGCCAACUUAGAUCAGAUAGUGACAGAGGGAGAGAUGGCCACACCCUGUUUUCAAACGGAGAAUAGGUCCCAGGCUCCCAGCGGUGCCUAUGUCUGUGAUCCUGAAAUAUCCACCUGCCUGGAGAAGUGGGAUGGGCCCAACUAUGGUAUCACGUCCUUUGAUAAUAUUGGUUUUGCUAUGUUGACAGUGUUUCAGUGCAUCACACAGGAGGGCUGGACGGCCAUCCUCUACUGGACAAAUGAUGCAAUGGGUGGAAAAUUCAACUUCCUCUACUUUGUGCCCCUUAUUGUGCUGGGGUCUUUUUUCAUGCUCAACUUAGUUCUUGGUGUGUUGUCUGGAGAGUUUUCCAAUGAAAGGAAACGCGUUGAGAAAAGGGAAGCCCACAGGAAGUAUAGGAUCAGGAGAAAUUUCACUGAUGCCUUCACUGGUUAUUUUGACUGGAUCUGUAAAGCAGAGGAGGUGAUUCUUGCUGAAGAGAGAACAACAGACGAGGAGAAGGCUCACAUAAUGGAGGGUGAGUCAAGGAGAAGAGCAGCAGCAAAGAGGAAAAAACUGAAACAUUUAGGGAAGAGUAAAAGCACAGACACUGAAGAUGAGGAUAAUGAGGCUGAAGAUGAUGAUGCCCCCCUUUCUCUCGCAGUUCACGCCAAAAAGAAAGGUGUGUCAAGAGGAGCCACAUACCUGAAAAACAAAGUUAAAAAGCAAGGUGCCUGUGCAAAUUUUUGGAAAGCAGAGAAAACAUUAAGGUUCGGCAUCCGGCGGACCGUGAAGCAACAGUGGUUCUACUGGUUCGUCAUCAUCCUGGUGUUCCUGAACACAGUCUGUGUUGCUGCGGAACACUACGACCAGCCGCCGUUUCUCACCAAGUUUUUGUACUAUGCAGAAUUUAUAUUUUUAUGUCUGUUCAUAUCUGAAAUGCUUAUUAAGAUGUACGCCCUGGGCCCAAGAAUAUACUUUGAGUCCUCCUUCAACCGUUUUGACUGUGUUGUUAUCAGCGGCUCAAUAUUUGAAGUCGUCUGGUCGGCCUUCAAGUCUGGCUCUUUUGGUCUCUCAGUGUUGCGAGCUUUGCGACUGCUGAGAAUAUUCAAAGUCACAAAAUACUGGUCAUCACUCCGCAAUCUGGUGAUCUCUUUGCUGAGCUCCAUGCGGUCCAUCAUCUCUCUGUUGUUCCUGCUCUUCCUGUUCAUCCUCAUCUUUGCUCUGCUGGGGAUGCAACUCUUCGGUGGCUCCUUCAACUUCCCAGAAGAAACACCACUUGCCAACUUCAACACUUUUUCUAUAGCACUGUUGACUGUAUUUCAGAUCUUGACAGGAGAGGACUGGAAUGAAGUGAUGUACCAGGGCAUUGCCUCCCAGGGUGGCACAAAGUCUGGCAUGAUCUACAGUCUGUACUUCAUUAUUCUGGUGAUCUUUGGUAACUACACCCUCCUGAAUGUGUUCUUGGCCAUUGCUGUCGACAACUUGGCCAACGCACAGGAGCUGACAGCGGCUGAAGAGGAGCAAGAGGAAGAGGACAAGGAGUCUGACAACGAUCAAGAUCCUGAAAGUGUCGUUUCUCUACAGAAGCAGCAAGCUGAGCUUGAAAAAGAAUUAGUGGCACUACAGAACAAUACUGAUGGUCCUCCUACGGUAGAAAUUUGCCCUCCAUCCCCCGGGGGUGAUGGCAAAUCGAAUAAGCAAGAUACCAAGAGUGAUAAGGAUAUUGAGAACCAAGAGGAUGACAUGGGGGGCCCCAAGCCAAUGCUGCCAUACUCAUCCAUGUUCAUCCUUUCACCCACAAACCCGAUCCGCAGGGCAGCGCAUUGGGUGGUGAAUCUUCGCUACUUUGAUUUCUUCAUCAUGAUUGUCAUCACCUUGUCUAGUAUUGCCUUGGCCUCAGAGGAUCCUGUGGUGGAGGACUCGGAGUGGAAUGAGGUCCUCAAUUAUUUUGAUUAUGCCUUCACAGGAGUUUUUGCCAUAGAAAUGAUCCUGAAAGUGAUAGACUUAGGGGUGAUAUUUCACCCUGGAUCAUACCUCAGGGAUUUUUGGAACAUAUUGGACUCCGUGGUUGUCAUAUGUGCAGCCGUUUCAUUUUGUUUUGAUAUGAUACCCUCCCUGCAACUGAAGGGCAGUACUACCGGCCAGAACCUCAGCACCAUCAAGUCUCUCCGAGUGCUGCGAGUGCUGCGACCUCUCAAGACCAUCAAGAGAGUGCCCAAGCUGAAGUCUGUGUUUGACUGUGUUGUGAACUCCCUCAAGAAUGUGUUCAAUAUCCUCAUCGUGUACAUACUGUUUCAAUUCAUCUUCGCCGUUAUAGCUGUACAACUUUUUAACGGAAAGUUUUUCUACUGCACCGAUGAGAGUGUGGAUGUAGAGGACGAAUGUCAGGGUGAGUUUUUUGUGUUCAGUACAUAUGAGCGUCCGCCAGAGGUGAAGCCAAGGAAGUGGUUAGCGCAGAGUUUUCACUACGACAAUGUUAUGGCUGCCAUGCUGACGCUCUUCGCUGUCCAGACUGGCGAGGGUUGGCCACAAGUGCUCCAGAACUCCAUGGCUGCCACUUAUGAGAACCACGGGCCCAAACCACAGGUCGCAGUUGAAAUGUCCAUAUUCUACAUUGUGUACUUCAUCGUUUUCCCUUUCUUCUUCGUGAACAUCUUCGUUGCUUUGAUCAUCAUCACCUUCCAGGAGCAGGGAGAGGCUGAGCUGCAGGAUGGAGAGCUUGACAAAAAUCAGAAAUCCUGCAUAGAUUUUGCCAUCCAGGCCAAGCCACUGGAGCGCUACAUGCCCAAGGACAGAGUGAGCUUCAAGUACAAGAUCUGGCGCAUGGUUGUCUCCACACCAUUUGAAUAUUUCAUCAUGUUACUCAUUGUGCUCAAUACUCUUCUUCUUAUGAUGAAGUUUCAUAAUCAGUCCCAGUUGUACAGAGAAACUCUCCACUACAUGAACACAAUCUUCACUUCGUUCUUUACCAUUGAAUGUUUACUGAAGAUCAUGGCGUUCGGAGUCAGGAAUUUUUUCAAGGAUCCCUGGAACAUUUUUGACUUCAUCACCGUGAUCGGCUCCAUCAUCGACGCUCUGGUGGUGGAGUUUGGGAGAAUAUAUGGAGGAGGAAAUACAGAAAACUUCAUCAAUGUCGGGUUCCUGCGCUUGUUUCGUGCUGCUCGCCUCAUCAAACUGCUCCGUCAGGGUUACACAAUUAGAAUAUUAUUAUGGACAUUCGUACAAUCGUUCAAGGCCUUGCCGUAUGUCUGCCUGCUCAUAGCCAUGCUGUUCUUCAUCUACGCUAUCAUUGGCAUGCAGGUUUUUGGCAACAUGAAAUUUGAUCCCGACACUGACCUAAAUCGACAUAACAACUUUCAGUCUUUCUUCGCCAGUCUCUUGCUCUUGUUUCGGUGUGCCACGGGAGAAGCAUGGCAGAGCAUCAUGUUGUCCUGCAUCAAGGGCCGCGAGUGUGAUCCCAAUGCACUCAAGAAUGACCCUGACAAGACCUGCGGCUCCAACGUGGCAUACAUAUACUUUGUCACUUUCAUCUUUCUCUGCUCAUUUCUGAUGUUGAAUCUUUUCGUCGCUGUCAUCAUGGACAACUUUGAUUACCUGACUAGAGACUCAUCCAUCCUGGGAGCCCAUCAUCUUGAUGAAUUCAUCAGGAUAUGGGCCGAAUAUGAUCCAAAUGCAACGGGGAGAAUCCACUACACGGAGAUGUACGACAUGCUGAGGAACAUGGACCCACCGCUGGGUUUUGGGAACAAGUGCCCGUACCGGUUAGCAUACAAGAAACUUAUACGAAUGAACAUGCCUUUAAAUGAGGAGGGAAAGGUCCAUUUCACCACCACACUGUUUGCCUUGAUUAGAGAAAACCUGUGCAUCAAGAUGAGGCCGGCCGAAGAGAUGGACCAGGCAGACUUUGAGCUUCGAGGAACUAUAAAGAAGAUUUGGCCCAUCCAGGCAAAAAAGAACCUAGACUUAAUAGUGCCUCCCGAUGAUGAGUUAAAAUAUGAGAAGCUGACAGUGGGCAAGGUAUAUGGUGGCCUCCUCAUCCUGGAAAACUGGCGCACCACUCGCUUUGGCCAGAUCCAGCCAUCUGGAGGCCUGGAUGAAAGUGAGGAUGCUUUAGAAAAUAUAGAGAAUGAGGAUGAGGAGGAGGAUGAGGAGGAAAAGUUUGAGUCUACUGAGGACAUUUUAUGCGGGGAGGGAGAACAGCUCCUCAGUAACAUGGAAAAGUCACAGAACAUAGUCAUCGACGAUACUGAUGACAUUGAGGACACUGAGCAAACUGAGGAGACUGAGGAACAGGAUUCUGAAUCAAAGCCCAGUUUGUUUGAGCGACUGAUGGGCAUAGCAGCACCAACAGCCCCACCCAAGAGUGUCAACGCCUCAAGGUCAAGCCUCCCGCGCUCCGUUGACGAGCAGCACGACUCCCAGGGACGCCACAGUCGGCAGGACAGCCUCACCCAUUCCAACGUAAGCAUAGAUAAUGUACUUGGUAGUGACAAAGGGUCGAAAAAAUCCCUGGCGUUGUUGGGGGGAGGCAGUAGUUCCCAGCGUGGCUCAGACCACGACGUGUCGAGUGUGGCCAGCUGGCAGGUGGGCCUGGAGCUGGCAGAGGUGGUGAAGCAGGCGUCCAGGAGAGGAUCCAUGGCCUCCGAGGAAGGGUUCCACCUCAGGCCGGAGGAGUACCCGAUCAAUAGGUACAGGUCGCGGUCACCCUCACCCGUGCGGGGCUUCCAGUCACCAACCCCUCCUCACAGACGGGUCCGCUCACCCACUCCCAUCCGCCACAGUCCAUCACUGAGGAAGUCCAACCAGCACCUGCACGAGAUUGGCUUCAGUGACUGUGUGAGCGACGUGGUGGACCUCGUGAAGUAUGACGGCCCCCACAAGAGAGACAGACGAGGGAAGAUGUACGGCGACGGCUAUGGGGCAAUGUCCCCAGUGCGGCGCCGUGACCCCCUCCCACCCCAUCAGUGGGGCCUCAGGACUAUACGCUCCCACCCUAACAGUCCCGACCGUCCCUACAUGACCACCACCAGAUUGGACGCUCGCUCCCGCAGCCCCUCGCCACCCUCAGGGCUGUCUGGGACAGCCAGCCGCCGUGGCCGCAUGCUGGAGCACUACUCCGGCACAGUGUCACUGGACCGGCGGUCACGCAGCCCCUCGCCACAUAGGAACGCAGGCUCCAGCUACCCCACCAUACCGCAGAGGAGAGGUGGGGGCCGCCGGCUGCCCCCCACACCCAACAAACCCUCAACACUUCACCUGGGAUCCCAAUCCUCCCAGCAGCCUCCAGGCCACCCACCACUGCCCGGGGCAAAGUCCCCAACCAGGCCACAGCCCAUCAACUUCCCAAAGCUGAAUGCCUCGCCCACGCAUGUGCCCAAGUUAGAAAUGCCACCAGUGUUCAGAGAGAGACGGACUCCCCCGGCGGCAGAGGGCAGUGCCAGGCCCCGGGCACCGCCCCCGGGCAAGGUGCUGCCACCUGGUGCACUGCGGCGGCCUCCCAUGGCGCCCAUCAGAGACCAAUACCCAUACGAGCGCCGGCCUGAGGAGCCGCUCAGUUUUGAACAGGCGGUGGCCAUCGGGCGGGGCACUCGCCAGCUGCCCUCACCAGCAGUGCCUAACGGGUACAAGCCGGGGCGUGACCGGGCCGUGCCGCGGCUGCCUGCCCCGGUGGGGGCGGCAGGUGGGGGGGCACCCAGGAGGUCGGUCCCAGGCGUGCGCCACAGUGACAGUGACGAGGACGACUGGUGCUAGUGGAUCCCACAGGGUGGUGUGAGCCCCCAGCCCCCCAUGGGCAGCCUGGGGGGUGACAUCACCCUGACUAGCAGUGCCUGGGUGAAGAGUGGGGCACAGGCCCGGGCAGGGGAAUUAUCCAUGGCCACAAUUUUUUUUGUGGCUUCUCUUCAUGUUUGUUUUGUACCAUAUCCCCUACAAGUGCUUUAUUUAUAACAUACAACAAAUGUUCUAUCAAAUCUGUGAUAUUUUAAUGUCACCACUACUGUAGCUCUCCUGUAUGAGAGUUGUAUGAAUAUCAAAAAAAGAGCAGAAUGAGAUUCCUCUCAACUUCUGUGAAUUAAAGUCUUUUCAGAGAAUGCAUGAGAAUGUGUCAUUGUUAUGAUGAUUUACUACCAACUGAUGCAUUCCUUACAACACUUCCUUUCAUCAGCAUAGAUCAUUAUCAUUCAAAUCUAAAUUUAAAUCCAAACCAACAAGGCAUUCACACAUGAUGGUGUGCAUCAUUGGGCCUCAUCUCAUCCAUACACUCAAGUAUAACUGCAGCAGUUGUUAGUUCUCCAUUAUUAGUACUGUGUUGGUCAACCUGAGUGUGGCUCUCGUAUAUUGUUAAGUUCAUGAGAGGUAGAAUGAGUAUAGUUAUAUUUUAUUUAUUGUUUUUGACAGCUAGUCUAGUAUUUACAAUUCACUAUGGAGACAAAGUUUCUGCGUCUUUCUCAUGCGACAAGGAACAAGGUAGUGAUGUCGUCUGCCAAAGUUAACAAUUUUGUACUGAUAAUUUCAUGCAUGGGGAGGUGGACGGGCAUGCAGGUCUUCGUCUUGCUGCUAUCCUUGAAGUAUUCCUAUACAGCAGGUCUACAGCCAUGUUAAAAAUGAGCUUCAAAUGGACAGCGGGUUUUAGAUGAAUUAGUAUUCAUUGACCUAUAGAUAUUUUGAGUAACUUCUGUCAAUUAGUCUCACCAACAAAAUGGUGAUCAGUUGUUAUUAUCAGUUAUUAUUAUUAUUACAUAAUAAUUACUAUUUUGUCUUAGAUUAGGUUUAUAAAUUUCUCUUGUUUAGAUUUGUAAAUUAUCUUGAGUACUUUUGAGCAAAACUUCUCUUGUUUAGAUUUGUAAAUUAUCUUGAGUACUUUUGAGCAAUGUGUUUCUUUUUGUGAAGUGCCACCCAGUUGUCUUGGGGAAGGCCAGUUAGUUGUAUGGAAGAUGUUUUGUCUUGCAAAAUGGGGUCAAGAUUCAUCCAUUGGUUACCAGUACAUGACUUAUUGCAUGUCCCUAAACAUAAUUAAUACAUCUCUUUUAAUUUUAGUCCAAAGUAGAAAGAGAACUAGGGAAGAACUAAUGCUUUUAACAAGGAGAACAUCAACUGGCUUAAAUGAUCCAAGUUAUGGAACCUAAUAUUGCCUUCAUCUAUAGUUCCAUGUAGUUGACUGACUGUCAAAUGCUGCCACUCACACUGGCAGUGUUGUGCAAGAGAUCCACAUCCUGUGCUCUGUUUAACUGAUAAUUUCCACAGUGGAAACAAUGUUGCUGCUGUACAGCAGCAGAGCUACACAUGUUCAGACAUGAAUAAUGCAACACUGCACCAUUCUGCUAAAUUGGUACAGAACCUUUGAUCUCACACUUCACAGUAUGCUGAGCUGCAAGCAAUACUGUGCACACUUUGGCAAACUUUCUGUUGCAAUGACCACCCUUUGUGUCAGUGGCAGUGGGGGGAGGGGGCUGCAAGACACAAGCCCUGAGCAUUUGUUUGGUGAACAAACAAGUUCGGCGUAACAUUUAUUGUGGCCUCUUGAUGAAAGGAGAUGCAAAGCUUACCAAUAAAAGCUUAAAACUGUACAUUUUUAUGAGUGAGAGACAUGUCUGGUGAUACACUUUGUAGUUGGUACCACUUGGGUGCCCCAGUGACAGUGUUGCCUCAGGCAGUGUGCCCCGGUGAGGGCCGCUCCCCCCGCCACACCCUUCACUUGUGUAUGCAAACAAUCCAAUCACAGCUGAACCCACCAAGGCACUCGUAUUGGAAUGCAUACGUUUUCUACUUGCAGUAAAAUUGUUUGAAACAUUAUAUUAUGAACUGCCAACCCAUUAUCUAGUGAUACUUUUUACAUAAUUAUAUCAGAGCAAAAGUGAAUUGCAAAAAAUAGACAAAGCCAUUACUAGUGUUUAGUUUGCAUCAUCAUUACUCAGCCAUAACUCAAGCCAUCAUGGUCCCCACCCUCCAUUCUGCUACUGGAUUGUAUUCAGCAGCUUUUGGUCUUGGUUUAUGAACUGUCUUAGUUUAAUGUUACUCCUCCUCACUGAGAUCAGUAUGUAGUGGUAGCCAAACGUCUCCCCAAGUAGAAGGUUAAGUCUUUCAAAAUAUAUUUGGUGUUGAGCCUGUUGAACAAAUUUGGAACUAUAUUUUUCUAAUUUAGGAAAUUAAUUUCAGAUUCAUAGAUAUGCUUAUGUUAAUAACUUACCUGUAUUUACCGAAGCUGAAAAACAUUUGUAGAUUAUUAUUCUACCGAGAGUGGAACUGCUGAGUGGCAGUUACUUUUGGAAGAACCUGAUCCCCCGGCUGCUGUGCUGAGGCAGCCUGGGAGCAGCAGCAGUGCCCCAUAGUGUACAGUCUUCAGCUGAAACUCACUACAACCACUAUAACUGCUACCCUCAAGAUCUUCCUUCCUUAAUACUUGAAUGUUUCAUCAUAAAUAUAUUGUAUAGAAACUUCAUCUUAAACCAUAUUACAAGAAAAUUAAGUUACAAUUCAAAAUCCACAUACAUAUAUAAAUAUAUAUAUGAAUAUAUGCAUAUAUAAGAGAUAUAUAUGUCAACUAUGAUAGCCUAUCAUUGAUCUAAACAUGAGUAUUUAUUAAAUCUAAAAAAGUGUAGUAGCACUUAUGGAACUGAUGGUGUCCGUUUGAACUUAAGUUGAAGGAAGAGUUUUUUUUUUUUUUUUCGUUAUAAUUUUGAGUGUUAAUCAUGUAAUCAAGAAAUUGGGUACCUCAUUUGCUGUUUUUUUUUUUUUUUUUUUUUUUUUUUCGGUGAACUCAUCAUGUGAUCCACAUCAGUUUUCUGGAACCCUUCCUCGGUGCGGGUGCCACGCGCGGCCGCGGUGCCGUCACCUCACCGCCGCAUCGGCCGCCAUGCACCCGGCACCCCGCGGUCCAAACACUGUCCAGCCGCGCCGCACACCAGGCCAGCCACCGCCACCGCCACUGCUCCCUGUGGGACAGCGUGAGGAUUCAUGUGAAAUAGUGUCUUCACUGAAAAUUCUUGACUGUUCCUCCACAUAAGUAGUAGCCCUUAGGUGGCCAGAGAUGGACUUUUGUAACUGUAAAAUGUAUGAAAACAUGUUUUGUAACUUCAGUGAGGAACAUCAAGAAUUUUCCUUUGAGAGAAACUACUACAUAGCCACAAUCCUCUUAGUGCAUGAUGAUUUUCAACAAGUUUGAUACUGUUUCAUAAUCUUAUCAUUUCAGACCUCAUAGUUAUUGAUUUGAAAAGUCCCUGUGAGUGAUGGGUGACACAGUGGAGUUAUUCCUAUUGUUUCGUCUCAAUACAUGCGAGACUCGACAGUAAUGCCUCAUUUGUCUCCACAAUUAGAAACAUAACAAGUGGCCCCCCCAAAAUACAGGCCUUGUCUCUAGAAGCAUACAAAGAGCUGUCGUACGUUCUUUGUAUAAUCGUGUGUGCCUUCAUUCUUUUCAGUUUUCUCUUUGCCUGUCAUUGAGACAUGACGAGAUUUGGGAUCUUGAGCUUAUUGUGAUAAUGCCGUAAGGUUCAUUUGGGAUCACUUGACCGAAGCUCAAUUUUCAUCUUCCCGUCAGAACUAUGGCAUGGGUCAUGAAGAACCGUAGCAGAGCUCCCCAAGUCCUGUGUGCUGACACUGUGCUGUCGCCACCGUCAGUGUGGGGCGUCAGCCGGGCGCCAGCGCGCUCUGUGUCACGUCAGCCGGCAGAGCCGCGGCGCGCCACACUGUACGAGGCACACAGGACUUGGCAUUGCUGGGACACAGCUCUCUUUGGUAUACAUGUGCGGAUCUUUGAGUUGUAUCCUGAAAGUGCUGUGUGGGAUGUUCGUGUUUCAUGGAAAUUCAAAACUAAAAGCAUUCCUGUUCCCAUUUUGUUGAAAGGUACGGAUUGUGAACCUAAUAUGGCCAAAGUAAUACUUGCUGUUUAUGGGUAUUCCCUAUUGUAAGCACCAAUCAACAUUCCUAAAUUUUAAGUAAAUAUCUAUAAAACUGUUCAUUGUUGUUUACUGUAGCUGAUGAUAAAAUGGUUAUAGAGCAAAUUCCGGAAUUGUUAUGGGCAUGCACAUAGUUUUAUCAAAUGGGGAAACACUGAACAACAGCUGCAUUUGUCAUGAAAGUUGGAUUGUGGGCAUGAAAUAACAGGAAGAAGCAAAAUGUAUAACUAAAAAUCUUCAAAUUAAAAAUAUAUAACUAUGACUGGCCAAUCAGUUAGAAACUAUUAGUACUGUAUUCUGAUUGGUAUAGUGCUGCUAAGGAAAACGUCCAAACUUGCAUUUCCUAAAAGUCUUUUUCUUGUUGCUUUUUCAUGAAUCUUCGAUUUUUCGAAGAUUCAGUAAGGUCGCGUCUCGAUGCAACGCGAUGGAGUGCGUGUGUAAUAUGACAGACUACUUUGUUGUACCCGCUCACUCGAUUAUGUAUAGCACGUUAACCCCUGUAGGUGUUUUUGAAGGAACUUUUAUACAAAGCAUUCAUUUUCCUACUAUAAAUGAAACAAAGUGAGAGGUAGUGCUAGGGAACUACAGCCACUGUGGGUGUAACCUGAGGAUAUUCUGCCUUCAUCCAGGAGUUUUUUGUAAUCACCAGUUUCUGGGACUUCCAGUAAGAACCAAUUUCCUACAAAUCUUGUACCUACAAAAAUGAAAAUACAUAAAUGAGGGCUCGGAAAUCCCAUGCGGAAUUCUCUGAAACUAGUGACUUACCUUCAUCUGGUAGUGUUCAAGAUUAGUAAAUUUUUAAGGCUGAUGAUACCAAUUUGCAAGCAGUGUGUGUUUACUGAAUAUCUAAGACAGUUUUUCCAUUCCUCCCUACUUCUAACAGUACUCUUGCUAAGGGUUUUCAUACAGAAUGCGUGAACAGGUCUGUACAGGAUUAUGUCUCGAAUAAACAUUUUAUCAAUAUGCAUUGUUUAAAAA